AUGGAGCCUCCUUCUAAGAAGAUGCGCAAGCUCCUGGAGCACGAUAGCGACAGCGAUUCUGGAGACGAAUCCGGUGGUGUUCUGCUUGGCAAGCAGUCGCCUGAUGCUGCGUUCAAGAUCAACGAAGAAUUCGCUCGACGAUUCGAACACAACAAGAAGCGAGAGGAGGUUGCUAGAUUGGAGGCCAAGUACGGCAAAUCAUCCAGUCUUGGAAACCGCCAAGCCGCUGAAGAAUCAGACGACUCAACCGAUGAGGAGGAAGACGAUAAUGCUGAGCUCGCUACUGAAGCUUUGGAUGCCGAGAUUUCCGCCACUUUGAAGGCCAUCCGCUCGAAGGACCCCCGUGUUUACGAUAAAGAUGUCACAUUCUACACCAAGUACGAUCCGGAGGCCGUCGAUGCUGCCAAAGAACCAAAGGAGAAGUCUAUGACUCUGCGACAGUACCACACCGAUAACCUCCUGAAGGGUGUCGACCCAGCCGAGGAAGAGAAUGCUCCCAGGACCUACGCCCAGGAACAGGCGGACUUGAAGAACAACAUCGUGAAGGAAAUGCACGGAGCGGCAGCUAACUCUGAUGACGAAAUGGAAGAUGCCGAUGAGUUCUUGGUCCGCAAGCCUGGUCAAGACCUUUCUCUGCCCAAGGAAGAAAUUAAACUCGACAUUGAAAAUGCGGACAAGGACCCCGAAACUUUCUUGUCCAACUUCCUUUCAGCGCGAGCUUGGCUUCCCACCAACAAGGCCGAGAUGCAGCCGUUUGACUCAGAUGAUGACGACGACUUCAAUCGGGCCGACGCCUUCGAGGAAGCGUACAACUUCCGCUUCGAGGACCCCAACAAAAUGAACGAGGCUCUGGUCACCCACUCUCGUGAUCUCACCAACCAGCAAUCCGUUCGUCGUGAUGAGAAGAGCUCUCGUAAGAAGAUCCGUGACGCGGAGCGCCAGCAAAAGGACGAGGAAAAGAAACAGCGCGAGACUGAGAAGAACCGCCUCCGCAAGCUCAAGACCGAGGAACUUCAGAAGAAGGUCGACCAGAUCAAGGAAGUUGCUGGGCUUCGGGCCUCUAACUUCACAGAUGAGGACUGGUCCCGCUUCCUGGAUGCUUCCUGGGAUGAUGAGAACUGGGAGGCAGAGAUGCAGAAGCGAUUCGGAGAGGAAUACUAUGACGACGCCGAAGGCAGUGAUGGCGAUUCCAAGAAGAAGAAGCCCAAGAAGCCUACAUGGGAUGAUGAUAUUGAUAUCAACGACCUGAUCCCCGACUACGAGGAUGAGGAAGCGCAGCCCACUGUCGAGGCAUCAGAAGGCGAGGAGGAUGAUGAGGCUGAGGCCUCCGGCUCUAAGAAGAAGAGCAAGGCAGAGGAAAAGCGCAUUCAAAAACGCGAAGCCCGCAAAGACCGUAUGCGCAUUGACGAUGCCGUUGAGCGCAACCUCGAUCUCGACAUCACACUGCUCCCUGGAGCUACCAAGAAGAACGCCACGAAGUUCCGCUACCGCGAAACCUCGCCGCAGAGCUUCGGUUUAACUGCACGUGAUAUCCUCAUGGCAGACGACACACAGCUGAACAAGUUCGCCGGUCUGAAGAAGCUGGCUUCCUUCCGUGAGGAGGAGCAGAAGCAGCGUGAUCUCAAGAAGCUUGGCAAGAAGGCCCGACUCCGCGAGUGGCGCAAGGACACUUUCGGUGAUGAGAACGGACCUGAGUUCAAGUUUGGUGGUGAUGUUCAACCUAAAGCUCAGCCCGAGGAGAAUGAGACCAAGCUUGAUAUCAGGGAGGGUGAUGGAUCAAAGAAGAAGAGAAAGCGCUCGAAGAAGCACUAA